AUGCUUACUCCCACCAUCCUAAGCCUACUAGCGGUAUUCAACUUCUGGGAGCCUUUCAUUGCGGCCCAACCUACAGCACCGAUAGUUAACCUAGGCUACGCGCGAUAUCAAGGUGUAUUCGAUGGGACCACAAACAUAACAAGCUUUUUAGGCAUGCGGUUCGCUGCAGCCCCAGUUGGAAAACUACGCUGGCAGGCUCCUAACCCACCUCUAGACGAGAAUGACAAGGGUGUUCAAAAAGCCGACACUCAGCCUGCACAGUGUUCUCAAGCCGAACAAGGCUAUGCCGACAGGAACCCAUUCCGGUUGAACAGUACUGGUCAUCACAACAGUGGCGUUGAAAGACGCCAAUCUGGAGAUGCUCCGACAGUACCUCCCACUAGCGAGGACUGUUUGUUCCUGAACGUUCAGUACCCUGGUAAUACUGUGCCUAUUACGGGUUUACCCGUCCUCGUGUAUAUCCACGGUGGAGGAUAUGUUUUAUCAGGCGCUAGUCUCUAUGAUGGCUCUUAUCUUAUCGAACAAUCAAGCCACGAAGACAUCGUCGUGGUUCUGCAGUAUCGCCUCGGACUUUUCGGUUUCCUCGCAGGUAAAGAGAUCAAAGAAGAUGGAGCUCUCAAUGCUGGAUUGUUGGAUCAGAACUUUGCAUUUCGUUGGAUCAGACAACAUAUCUCGAAAUUUGGUGGUGAUCCCGAACGUGUGACGCUUCUAGGGAAAUCGGCUGGCGCUGGGUCGGUCUUGCAACACAUCAUUGCAGAGGACGGAAAAACCAGUCCACAACUGUUCCGGGGAGCUAUCGCCAUCUCACCUUUCUUCCCUCCGCAGUACAAAUAUGACGAGAGAAUUCCGAAAGCAUUGUACAAACAGGUUGUUAAUGAGGUCAACUGUACAUCCGCUCAAGACACUUUAGCAUGUCUCCGGAGCGCAGAAACCACGGCCCUACAAGAUGCCAACGCGAAGAUGGUUCUGGAAGGAUUCUACGGGACGUAUACUUUCGUGCCUGUGGUUGAUGGAGAAUUUAUUACACGGCGACCCACGGAUGCUUUGAAGCGAGGUAAAAUCAACGGGGAAUUCCUAUACGCCGUGAACAAUGCUGAAGAAGGAAGUAUCUAUGUGAAUACCGCUGCGACCAACCCAUUGGGUGCGGGAGACUUUGCUGCUCAGCUGUUCCCUACUCUCGGGUCGAAAGAGGUAGCAGCGGUUGAUAGGAUUUAUAGAGACAUGGGAUCGCCUUUUGAUCAACAGAAUCUUAUUAUUGGAGAUGCCACGUUCAUAUGCCCCGCGUAUUAUCUAUUGGAUACGUUUGGGGAUCGAGCUUUCAAGAGUGAAUUCGCAGUCCCACCCGCUAAUCAUCUAAAUGACAUCCCAUACUAUUUCCCCAGCGCCUCGAGUCUAACACCCAUCAACUUCAACAACACCGAUUUCAUCGAAGCUUUCGUUCGUUCCUUUGUAGACUUUACUGUCUUCCUUGACCCAAAUGUUAAAAUCAACGCGUCGACUAUCACGCCGGAAUGGGGGUUGUAUCGCAGUAAUCCCGGGGGCGUUGAGAUGGUGUUUAAUAAGACGGCUGCUGGGGGAGAGGGAGAGGGGGAGCCUGAUAUACGUGUGGGGAGGAGUGAUGGGGCAUUGUUGGAUCGGUGCAGUGGAUAA